GAGUGAAGCUGGGAAAUUUUCAGCUAAGCUCAGGGGCCACAGUCUGGCUUUUAGGUCUAUAUUUUGUGUGGCAACAGUCAAGAUAUUGACCUUUAAAGAUCAGUUUUCUACUCCAAAGCGGUCUCUUCGGCCUGAUUGGAAAUAAAUCAUUGAAAUAAAAGAAAGGAAAAAUUAUAUUUGGUCAUUACCUCCAAGAUCAUUCUUCCUGCUCCUGGACCACAACCUACUGGAUCUGUGCGUUUUUCCUUGGGUGUCGGAAGGUGGAGGAAAGGAUGGACUGGCAAAGAUACUGGCAAGGCUUGGAAGUGCCAACGCCCCGCACCAUUUAUAUCAACGACCCCCUCAGGAACAGUUUCUGCCCAAACUGGAUCAGCACAGCCAAGUAUAGCAAGUGGUCGUUUCUUCCUCGAUAUUUGUACCUACAGUUUAGCAAGGCUGCCAAUGCUUUCUUUCUGUUUAUUAGCAUAUUGCAGCAAGUUCCAGAUAUGUCUCCAACAGGAAAAUAUACAACUCUCUUGCCUUUGAUGGUCAUUCUUAUAAUUUCAGGCAUCAAAGAGAUUCUAGAAGAUUAUAAACGACACAUGGCAGACAGAUUAGUGAAUACAAAGACUACACUAGUGUUACGACAGAGUUCAUGGGAUAGGAUUAUGUGGCAGGAGGUAAACGUGGGUGACAUUAUAAAGGCCUUGAAUGGGGAGUUCCUUCCUGCAGACAUGGUCCUGAUUUCUUCCAGUGAACCUCAGUCGAUGUGUUACAUUGCAACAUCUAACCUGGAUGGAGAGACAAACUUAAAGAUAAGACAGGCUUUGCCAGAAACAGCUGGAAUGCAAACAGAACAGCAGUUAUUAAAUAUAUCUGGAAAGAUUGAGUGUGAAGGACCUAAUCGUCAUUUCAGUUGCUUCACUGGAACCUUGCAUAUAACUGAUAGAAGCCCUGUUCCAAUUGGGCCUGACCAAGUCUUACUACGAGGGACACAACUAAGAAAUACUCAGUGGAUAAUUGGCAUAGUUGUUUACACUGGAUUUGAAAGCAAACUCAUGCAGAAUGCUGUCAAGUCACUGCUCAAGAGGUCAAAGGUUGAGAAAGUGACCAACGUGCAGAUUCUUGCUUUGCUCUUGCUGCUCCUGGCCAUGUCCCUGGUGAGCUUUGUGGGCUCUCUGUUCUGGGAUAGAGCAAACCGUGCAGGCAUGUGGUACCUAAGCAAGGAGGGUGGAAAGUCCAGUUCAUUUGGUUUUGACAUACUGGUGUUCAUCAUCUUGUACCACAAUCUCAUUCCCAUCAGUCUGCUGGUAACUCUGGAAAUUGUGAAAUUUAUUCAGGCUCAGUUUAUAAACUGGGAUGAAGAUAUGCAUGAUGAAAAAAGUGGCCUUCAUGCCAUGGCUAGAACAUCCAAUCUUAAUGAAGAGCUUGGGCAGGUGAAAUAUUUAUUCUCUGAUAAGACAGGAACUCUCACUUGCAACGUUAUGACCUUUAAGAAGUGCACCAUCGCGGGUAUACCUUACGGUCAGUCAUCUUCCUGUGAGCUGGACGACCCCGCAUUAUUGGCGAACAUUAAGAAUGGCCACCCCACAGAAGAAUACAUAAAGGAAUUUUUUUUCCUGUUAUGCAUGUGCCACACAGUUUUUCCUGAGAGAGAUGGAAAUAACAUGAUCUACCACGCCUCCUCCCCAGAUGAAGCCGCGUUAGUGAAAGGAGCAAAAAACCUUGGCUUUGUCUUCACUAUGAGAACACCGCAUGCUGUCACCAUAGAAGCCCUGGGAGAAGAAUACACUUUUGAAGUCCUUAAUAUCCUGGAGUUUUCUAGCGAUAGAAAAAGGAUGUCAGUAAUUGUCCGGACCCCCGCGGGGCAGCUCAGGCUCUACUGCAAAGGGGCGGAUACAGUGAUUUAUGAGCGACUUUCAAAAGACUCUCUAUUUAUGGCAGAGACAUUAACCCAUCUGGAACAUUUUGCCAUGGAAGGCCUGAGAACUCUGUGUGUGGCCUAUACUGACCUGGCUGAGGAAGAGUAUCAACACUGGCUGAUGGACUAUAAGAGCGCUAGUACAGUUAUACAAGGUAGAAUUCAGAGACUGGAGGCAUGCUACGAUGCUAUUGAAAAGGAAUUUCUGCUGCUGGGAGCCACAGCCAUUGAAGAUCUUCUUCAAGCACAUGUUCCAGAGACCAUAUCAGCUUUAUUAAAAGCAAGCAUAAAGAUAUGGAUCUUGACAGGAGACAAACAGGAAACGGCAAUUCAUAUAGCAUAUUCCUGCAAACUGAUAUCAGGUCACAUGCCUCGUAUUCUUUUGAAUGCAAAUUCAGUUCAGGAAACACAUCAUAUGAUUCACCAGAACUGUCAAGAUCUUGGAGAUAUGUUAGAUAAAGAAAAUGAUGUGGCCCUAAUCAUUGAUGGUGAAACAUUAAAAUAUGCCAUGAGUUUUGGGGUUAAGACAAAGUUCCUGAAUUUAGCCCUGUCAUGUAGAGCAGUAUUAUGCUGUAGGCUGUCUCCUCUCCAGAAAGCUGAAAUAGUGGAAAUGGUUAAGAAAAACGUAAGGGCCAUCACACUUGCCAUUGGGGACGGUGCCAAUGACGUCGGGAUGAUCCAGACGGCCCACGUGGGAGUGGGGAUCAGUGGGAACGAAGGCAUGCAAGCCACCAACAACUCGGAUUACGCCAUUGCGCAGUUUAGCUACUUGGAGAAGCUUCUGUUGGUUCAUGGAGCAUGGAAUUAUUUUCGAGUGACUAAAUGCAUAUUGUAUUGUUUCUACAAGAAUGUAGUGCUAUACAUUAUUGGGCUUUGGUUCACCUUUGUUAAUGGAUUUUCCGGGCAGGCUUUAUUUGAGCGUUGGUGCUUCAGCUUGUACAACAUGUUUUUCACUUCGUUGCCACCUUUCACUCUUGGAAUUUUUGAACAAUGCUGCAGUCAAAAGAACCUACUCAAACAUCCACAACUCUAUACAAUUUCUCAGAAAGGGAAAAUUUUCAACACAAGGGUCUUUUGGGUUGAAUGCAUGAAUGCUUUGGGCCACUCCUUCAUUCUCUUCUGGUUUCCUACAAAAAUGCUUAUGCAUGAUAUGGUUUUACAACACGGCUUCACUACAAACUAUUUGUUUCUCGGAAAUUUUAUUUACACGUAUGCAGUUGUAACUGUUUGUCUGAAAGCUGGGCUGGAGAUGAUGUCUUGGACUAAAUUUAGUCAUCUGGCAAUCUGGGGAAGCAUAAUAAUCUGGUUGGUGUUCUUCACGGUUUACUCUUACCUCUGGCCCACCAUCCCUGUUGCUCCUGAAAUGUCGGGACAGGCCAAUAUGAUCCUGACUUGUCCAUACUUCUGGCUGGGUUUUAUCAUAGUCCCUACUACAUGCCUGAUUAAUGAUAUAUUGUGGAAAGUGAUGAGAAAUACCUACAAAAGAAGUCCUCUUGAGAACGUUCGCCAGCUGGAAAGUAGCAAAGUUAAAGGAUUUGAAUUCUCUUCGGUGCUGGAGAAGAGGAUGACAGCAACAAAUCUGCAAAUGUCCUUAGCUGCUCCCCAGCCCCAUGAAUUUAUCUUGCGGAACAAUUCUGUGGAUCUAAGUGCCCCACAUGGCUAUGCUUUUUCUCAAACAGAAUCAGCCGUGAUCACUCAGGAAGAACUAGUCCAUUAUUACAACACUCUUGUAAGUGAGAGGAAGGGUUCAUAGAAGAGUCCAGCCUUCAUUAAUCUCACCAGUAUGUAAGAUCCAGAUCACUAUGUCCUUCCCUGGGACUGGUAGAAUGAGCCUGACUCCCAAAUGCUUGUUUCUGUGCCUUGGACAACCAGUCUGUUAUUUAUGUAUUGACUGAUUCAGAGGAAUAAACAGUGGAGAAACCCCA